GAAUAUGAAAGUUAUGGUUUCCAUGGAGGAAUUCAAAGGGCAACCUCGGCUUCCAAAAUUCGCUGUCCCAAAACGCUAUGACAUAAAGCUGAAACCGAACCUCACCACGUGCAAGUUUGCUGGCUCCGUGGCUAUUGAGCUCAAAAUCGUGGCAGAUACCAGUUUCAUCGUCCUCAACGCCGCUGAACUAUCCAUUGGUACCACCUCCGUAUCUUUCACUCACCCAGCUGCACACUCUUCUAAUUCUAAGCAGCAGGUGUUAAAGCCUUUAAAAGUUGAUGUGGUUGAAGAGGACGAGAUUUUGGUUUUGAACUUUGGUGACACUCUUCCCAUUGGUCUCGGACUUCUCACUAUCCACUUUCAAGGUUCCUUAAACGACAAAAUGAAGGGCUUUUAUAUAAGUACAUAUGAGCACAAUGAUGAGAAGAAGAAUAUGGCAGUAACACAGUUUAAACCAGAUGAUGCUAGGCGAUGCUUUCCUUGUUGGGAUGAACCUGCUUGUAAGGCUACGUUCAAAAUCACAUUGGAUGUGCCAUCAGAACUAGUAGCUCUUUCCAACAUGCCAAUUAUUGAAGAAAAAGUGGUUGGGGAUUUGAAGACAGUUUCAUAUCAAGAAUCACCAAUCAUGUCUACACAUUUGGUGGCAAUUGUUGUUGGUUUGUUUGAUUAUGUGGAACAUCUUACAUCUGAUGGAGUUAAAGUUCGAGUAUAUUGUCAGGUUGGUAAAGUAAAUCCAGGGAAAUUCGCAUUGGAUGUUGCUGUUAGGACACUUGAAUUAUACGAAGAAUACUUUGCAAUGCCUUACUCUCUUCCCAAAUUGGAUAUGGUUGCAAUUCCUGAUUUUGCUUUUGGUUCCAUGGAGAAUUAUGGUUUGGUUACAUACUGUGAAACAGCUUUGCUCUAUGAUGUUCAGCAUUCCACAACUGCUGAUAAGCAGAGGGUUGUGAUUGCUGUAGCCCACGAACUAGCACAUCAGUGGUUUGGCAAUCUUGUAACGAUGGAAUGGAGGACUCAUUUGUGGCUGAAUGAGGGGUUCGCAACAUGGGUCAGUUAUUUAGCAGCUGAUCGCUUGUUCCCAGAAUGGAAAGUGUGGACUCAGUUUCUUGAUGACUAUACAGAGGGUCUUGGAAUGGAUGGGCUUAGAGAGUCCCAUCCCAUUGAGGUGAAGAUAAAUCAUGCUAGUGAGAUUGAUGAAAUAAUUGACUCGAUAAGUUACAUAAAAGGUGCAUCUGUUAUCCGGAUGCUACAAAGCUAUCUUGGUGCUGAUUGCUUUCAGAGGUCACUUGCUUCAUAUGUAAAAAAGUUUGCUUGCUCAAAUGCGAAGACAGAAGAUUUAUGGGCUGCACUUGAGGAGGAAUCCGGUGAGCCUGUGAACAAGCUAAUGAAUUCAUGGACAAAGCAAAAGGGGUACCCAGUCGUCUCUGUCAAAGUCAUCAAAGUCAAACAUAAAAAAUUGGUGUUUGAGCAGUCACGAUUUUUGGCAAGUGGUUCCCAUGGGGAUGGGCAAUGGAUUGUUCCAAUAACAUUAUGCCGUGGCUCAUAUGAUGCGCACAAGAAUUUUCUACUUCAAACAAAUUCUGGAACUCUUGAUAUGAAAGAGCUCAUGAGUGACGAAAGCAAUUUAGCAUCUGCUUGGGUAAAACUUAAUGUCGAUCAGACUGGUUUCUAUAGGGUUGAAUAUGAUGAGGACCUUGAAGCUAGACUCCGAAAUGCAAUAGAGAACAAAUACUUAUCUGCAACAGACAGAUUUGGCAUCCUGGAUGAUUCAUUUGCCCUUUGUAUGGCUCGCCAGAAGUCUUUCACUUCAUUUUUUAUCUUGCUGAAUGCUUAUAAGGAGGAACUUGAAUAUACCGUGCUGUCUAAUUUAAUCAAAAUAAGUUAUAAAGUUGAUAGAAUUACAGCUGAUGCAGCCCCUGGGUCAUCGGUUGCCAGUUUUUUUAUUGAACUUUUCCUUCAUUCAGCAAUGAAGCUUGGUUGGGAGCCUAAGCCAGGUGAGAGCCAUCUAGAUGCAAUGUUGAGAGGAGACGUUUUGACUGCCCUUGCUGUGUUUGGACAUAAUUUGACACUAGAAGAAGCAAGUAGUCGUUUUCUUGCAUUCUUGGAUGACAGAAAUACACCACUCCUCCAUCCUGACAUAAGAAAGGCAGUAUAUGUGGCUGUAAUGCGAAGAGUCAGCACCUCAAACAGAUUUGGUUAUGAAUCUCUUUUGCGAGUAUACAGAGAGACUAAUUUGAGCCAGGAGAAAACACGCAUUCUAAGUUCAUUAACAUCUUCCCCAGAUCCCAACAUAACUCUUGAAGCUCUCAACUUUUUGUUGUCUUCUGAGGUUCGUACCCAAGAUGCUGUUCUUGGACUUGCUGUUAGUAGGGAAGGAAGGGAAACAGCUUGGACAUGGCUGAAGAAUUACUGGGAGCAUAUUUCAAAAACCUGGGGUUCUGGAUAUCUAAUAACUCACUUCAUCAAUUCAAUUGUCUCACCGUUUGCUACGUUUGAGAAGGCUGAAGAAAUACAGGAGUUUUUUGCAAGCCGUACUAACUCCAAGAUUGCUAGAACCUUGAAGCAGAGCAUUGAAAGGGUUCACAUCAAUGCAUAUUGGGCUCAGAGUUUUAGGAUUGAGUUACAGAAUCAUCUUGCCUGGCCCAUUGAGCGAAUUGUACAAACUUAUGGUGUAAUACUAUGAAGAAACAAUAAAUUGAUUGGUUAACAAAAUGCUUUGAGGCACGAAACUUUGCCGUCAUUAGACAAUAUUUGGCCCCCACAAAAAAGAUGCUAGAAGGCUACUGCAUAUUUGUCUUAUGAUACAACUAAACCAAGAAUCCUAUAGAGAUUGUCAAAAAGUAUUCGUAAAUGAAUGUGGAUCACUAUUUAUAGCCAAGAGGGUUAUAGCCCUUCAAAAUGCACUUUGAAGACACA